AUGUCGAAUCGAAAUACACCUGGGAGGAAUGGAAGUUUCGGUAGUGGGAGGUUUAUCAGAACGAGGGGCCAACGAGACAACUGGAGGACAGAUUCCAGAAAUGAUAAUGAUGACGAACCCUUAGGACCCCCAACUAUGUUUAGCAGGUGGGGGACACGUUCUCCAAAAAAUAAAGCUGAGGAAACAUCAAGUUCUAGUUCUUCUUUUGGUGUAUUCUCUAGAAGUCAAAGUAAUUCUGAAGAAAGAUUCAGUAUUAACACCAGAGGCAGAAAUGACACCAGAAAUUAUAGGAGACCUCCAUACCAUGAGAGUGGUGAGAGAUAUGCUGUAAGACAAAUGGGGUUCAGAUUCCUCCAAGAUUUAUUGAAAAAUGAGGAUCUAGAACAAGUCAUAUUCAGUUUGAACAAUGACAAAAGAGGCUUCAAAGAGUUAUUGGAGAGCAGAGAGAUUUCCAAUGAUAUGAUUGUGAUGUUGGUGAAGCUUCAAUGCAGGAUAUGUGACUGUACAUUUCCUGAAUUGAAAUUGGCACUGUUUGAGAUGGCCCUGAGAACUAGCUUCAUAGAUAAUGUUGUCAAGUUUGUAUCUACUGUGGCUUUUCAAAGUGAUUUUGAGAAGAAACAUAACACCCUAUUUUGGAAUGGCAUUGACGAAUUUUGGAGGAACUUGCUGAAAAUUUCCGUAAAUUAUCAUGAUAUGAUCCCAACUACUUCCUGUGAGGCGAUUUUGAAGCUUUUAAAAGCUGCAAAAUGUAGUAUCCCUGUAAUUAUAAAUAACAAUAAGGGUGUACAUAUUUCUGAUGCAGUCAAAGUGGAGGUAGAUGAAAUAUACGAGUUGGUGGAGUCGACUUCUGCAGAAAUAGAGAAGAAAUUAGAAAUGGAGAGGGUGCGAAAGGAAAACGGCGAACAAGAACCUCCUAACGAUUUUAGGGAUAUCAGCAUUUAUCCUAGUCCCAUGGAGGUAACCAUUCCAGAUGCUCCCUUUUUGAGACCAAAUGUCACUAAAGGUCCUUAUCAGAGCGUCCAUCACUAUUUGGAUGUGCAAUUUCGGUUGCUCAGGGAAGAUUUUGUGGCCCCUUUGAGGAAAGGAAUCUGCAAGUAUAUGGAGAACCCCAAAGAAAGAUUGGAAAAUUUGAAAAUAUACAAUCCCAUCAAAUUCCUAGUUCAGGAAACAGUUACUGAACAAAACUGCUACAGAAUCCAAUUUGAUUUCAGCAAAACAAAACGGACCUAUGUGUAUGAAAACUCCAGGAGGUUCAUGUUUGGUGCUUUACUUUGUUUUACACACGACAAUUUCAAGACGCUUUUGUUUGGAAAGGUUGUGAAGCGGGACGUAAAAGAUUGUCUCGAGAAAGGACAGCUCAUUGUUGGGUUCAAUGCUGAUGUCAUUUUACCACCGAAUUUGCUUCACCUCAAUUAUUUGAUGGUGGAAAGCACAGUGUUUUUCGAGCCUUAUUACCAGGUUCUGAACGUUUUGAGAAACAUGCGCCCUGAGGCUUUCCCAAUGGAGCGCUACAUCAUUAGAGUGGAAACGGAGACCGAUCCGCCCGAAUAUCUCCUCAAAGGCGACCCUCAAAUGUUCACCAUAGAAUCCGAAACUUUCUCUCCACUCGACUGGGGUGAAAGGGUAUUCUACGGAUUGAACGACACUCAAAGUGAGGCUUUCCGAGCAGCCCUGACCAAGGAGUUCGCCAUCAUACAGGGUCCUCCUGGGACCGGGAAAACGUUUCUCGGACUCCGGAUUGCUCAAACUUUGUUGCAGAACAAGUCAGUUUGGUACACAAAAACGCCGAUAUUGGUGAUUUGUUAUACGAAUCACGCUCUCGAUCAGUUUCUCGAAGGGCUACUUCCGGUCACUGAAGAGGUUGUAAGAGUGGGAGGACAAUCGAAAAAUGAGAGAUUGAACAGUUUCAACAUCAGACACAAAAGAAGAAGGUAUGUCAAUGAUGCCGUGUAUCAGAGAAGAAACGAGGUUAGAAAUUUCCUGCAUAAGAUUUCGACGAUAAACUCACAUCUGAACGUGAUAGCAUCAAACAGCAGCGUCAUCAACUUCAGUGCGUUUGAAGAAGUAGUACCAGAUUUCACAGAUACCUGGUUUGGUUCAGCAAACAGUGACCAAAUUCACAUGUGGCUGUUUGGCGGAUUCGAUGUUCGCAGAUCCAGACAGAGAGAUAUAACCAAUGUAGGAAAUCAGGCUAACAGAGAUGCUGCUGCCAAUAAUGAGGAACCAAAAGAAGGAGAACAAAAAAAGGAAGAACCGAUCGUAGGAGAACCAAAAGAGGAGGAACCGAUAAUAGGAGAAGAAACUAUGGAUGUAAAUAACGAUGUUAUUGUAGAUGACAUUUUCGACAAUAUAGUGGUGCAAGACCUCGAUGAAUUGGUGAGCGUGAAAACUUUACAAAUUAAACUGAACGAGCUUUACAGGAACUUGGAAGAAAUAAACCAAAGACAAAUAUUAACCUAUUGGGACAAAUUGUCGAAAAUGCAGGAGGAAGAUAUGUUGAACUUUGAGAUUUACAGGGUCGAAAAUGAAUUGCAGUAUCUAAAGUUGAGACUGAAUGAAAGAAGAAUAAACACAAAUGGGCUCCAACCUCAGUUUGUUGAUUUGGUGAAUCCUCACCGCAUGACCCCUAACGACAGAUGGCAGUUGUACUAUCACUGGCUGUCACUGUAUGUUGAAAGUCAAAAAGUCAAGAAAGAAGAAAGCACCAGAUUAUUCAGAAGGGUGUAUGCAGUGUAUUCUGAUAUGAUGAGCAUGGAAGAUGCCCAAGUCAUGAAAGAGUCUUUGGUAGUUGGAAUGACAACCACCGCUGCAGCUCGUCUACAAUCGUCUCUCCAGGUCCUCAAGAGUCCCAUAGUCAUUGUAGAAGAAGCUGCUGAAGUAUUGGAAGCCCACGUUAUCAGCGCUCUAACCGCACACUGUAAACAUCUCAUCCUCAUAGGGGACCAUCAGCAGCUGAAACCAUCAGCCGCAGACUUCAAAAUCGAGACGAAAUACCGAUUGGGCAUCAGCCUGUUCGAGAGAAUGGUUAUCAACAACAUUCAAUGCCACACUUUGGACGUCCAGCACAGAAUGAGGCCGGAGAUAUCGAGCCUAGUCAGACCGGCUAUCUAUCCUGUGCUGAAAGACCAUGAAUCUACGAUUGAUAGACCGCGUAUCGCUGGCCUCGACAACUGUCUCUAUUUCAUCGACCAUAAGGAACAAGAGCAACUUUGCAGGGACAACAGUAAGAAGAAUAUCCAUGAGGCGCAGUUUUUGAUACAGUUUGCCAGACAUUUAAUCCUCAACGGUUAUAAACCGCAAAAUAUCACGAUUUUGGCUGCUUAUCUUGGACAAAUGUUUGAGAUGCAAAGAGAGAAGUUGAAGUUUAGGAUGCAACUCCAAGACGUCAGAAUUGCCGUUUUGGAUAAUUACCAAGGGGAAGAGAGCGACAUCAUCUUAUUAUCCUUGGUCAGAAACAACCAAGAUAAUAAAAUUGGAUUUUUGAAGUCAGAAAAUAGAGUGUGCGUUGCCCUGUCCAGAGCCAGAAAUGGAUUUUACAUCAUGGGGAACAUGACCAUGCUCUGUAACAACAGUGAGAUUUGGCCGAAAAUCAACGAGACAUUGAAGAAUCAAGAUGCCAUCGGUACCCAUUUGGCUUUGCGUUGUCAGGUGCAUACCGACAAAGUGACAAGGGUGAAGACCGCAGAGGACUUCUCGAAGAUGCCUGAGGGCGGAUGCGAUCGGAUGUGCGAGGCGAUGUUGAAUUGCGGUCAUAUAUGCAAGCGGUUGUGUCACGUCGAAGAUAGAGAACAUCAAAGAUUCAAAUGUAACGAGAUAUGCGAACGAUUACUCUGCGAAGAUACCGAGCACAAAUGCAAGAAACGGUGCUCCGAGAUAUGCGGACCUUGCAACUACCCCGUGGAACGAACCCUCAACUGCGGUCAUACUGUAUUCAUCCACUGCCACAUCGAUCCGGCCGUGCACAAGUGCACAGUUCUGGUCGAAGCUAAACUGCCUUGCAAUCAUAUAACCCAGAAACGUUGCCAUGAAGACGUAGAAACUGCCUUCUGUCCGCAUCCGUGCGAUACUAGAGUGGAGCCCUGUGGACAUGCCUGCAUGAGGGCUUGUCACAUCAGAAACGAUCCUGAUCACUUGGAGUAUAAAUGCAAGAAACAAUGUGAGAAACCCAUGAAAGGAUGCAAAAUGACAGAAGAUGAAGGUCACUUAUGUCGUAAAUUCUGUUUUGAAGAAUGUUCUUUGUGUGAGAUAACCAUUCUCAAGAAGAGGACCAAAUGCAGCCAUGCCUUCAAGGUUCCAUGCCAUGUUAACGUUGAUGAUAUUCAGUGUGAGAAGCCCUGUCAAAGAGAAUUGCCUUGUGGUCAUAAGUGCAAAAGAAAAUGCGAUGAAUCAUGUGGGAAUUGUAUGGAGGAGGUUUCCAAAGAAGUUCCUGAUUGUAAACACGAAAUCAAAAUAGCUUGCUUUCAAGAACCCGAUCGCAAAUACUGCGAGAAGAAAUGCCCACGCUUAUUGAGUUGUGGUCACCCAUGUAGAAAUACUUGUAAGGAAGUAUGUACCGAAGAUUGUAAGGUGAUAGUAGAAUGUGCAAUUCCUAGCCCUUGUGGGCAUACUAUCAAGGAAAUCGUCUGCUGCCGGAAAGACACAGCCGAUCCAGCGAUGUUACUGGAAAUGUGUUCGGAAAAAUGCUCGUUCAAGUUGGAGUGCGGCCACCAGUGCGGAGGCUCUUGCGGCGAGUGCGCGCAGGGUCGGGCCCACCAAAGGUGCCGAGAAAAGUGCGGAGUGCUGCUGGUGUGCGGGCACGAUUGCCCGAUUCCGUGCAGGGAGGCAUGCAAGCCCUGUCUCAGGGACUGCCUUUAUCGGUGCUCGCACAGCGUGUGCAAGAAGAAAUGCGGGGAGCCCUGUACGAGAUGCAAGGAACAAUGCAACAGACGGUGCAACCACCAGCAGUGCCGGAAGAAAUGCUGGGACUAUUGUGACGUUGAUCCGUGCACUAAACCCUGCCCGAAAACAUUGAAAUGCGGACACCCUUGCGUCGGCUUCUGUGGCGAUCCGUGCCCAGUGCUGUGCAAGAUAUGCGACCGGGAAGAGCUCACGCAGAUCUUUCUUGGCAAUGAGGACGAUGAGGACGCCGUCUACGUCAUGUUGGUCGAUUGCAAGCACAUUUUCGAGGCCGGCGAUAUGCAGCGUUGGCUUGAAAUGGACAAGGACCAGAUAAAACCGAAGGUUUGUCCAAGAUGUAAGACUAUCAUAAUGAAAACUGAAAGAUACUCAGAGUACAUCAAGGAAAGCAUUGAUGAUAUGACGAAUGUCAAGACGAAAUAUUAUGGGAGUCCGAGGGAAAUUGAGGACACAAGAAAUCGUUUGCAGAUGAAUGUGCAUAAAUUAUGCAAAGAGAUUUUUGGUGACAAUCGUAAAUCCUCAGUAUCGAGAUUUGGGCGUGUAUAUCAAAAACCCCUUCGUCCUGUAGACCAUUCAGGAUUGCAGAGAUUCAUUCAUGAUUUGCUGAGAAGACUACUACCUGUGAGUCAGCCAAAAUCUCAAAGGAAGGCUCCUAGAUCCCAGAAUGAUUUCCGCCGUCAAAAUAUUAAUAAAACUGAUCUUCAUGCUAUCGAAUCCAAAAUAAAACUCGUCAGUGUUGUAGCUGGGGUUUUUAAAGAAAGAGAAUUACUCACUACCAUCUUUCCCAUGAGCAUACAUCAACUAAAUUUCAUAUUGAAGUUACUAUCCAGAGAUGAGAAUUCGAUAACCAAACAGGAAGUAGAUGACAUAACUUUGGAAAUUGACAGAUUUGUGAGGUUCAUGCAGUUUGAAGAUAUUAUGUCAACCGGGAAAUCGGCAUACUCACAUUUAAAACUCCAGGAUAAUGAAAUGGUAAUGUCAAUCAAGAAACUACUAGGAAAACCAGUAAGAUAUGAUAAACAGCAAGAUGAUGUCUUGAAGUCUGAGCUAGAAAAACUUAAGAAAAUCGUUGCUUCUGCCAUUAUUAUCACAGAUGCAGAGAGAGUUAUGAUUGUCGGAGCCGUGGGACUGAGUAAAGGGCACUGGUUUAAGUGCCCCAACGGCCAUCCUUACGCCAUUGGGGAGUGUGGAGGAGCGAUGCAAGUGUCCCAGUGCUAUGAGUGCAAAGCUCCUAUCGGAGGUCAGAAUCAUAGAUUGUUGCCUGGACAAGAAGUGGCUACUGAAAUGGACGGUGCCCGACACGGAGCUUGGUCUGAGGCGAUGAACAUGGAAAACUUUAGGCUGUAA